AUGUCGUCGUCAGCAACUUCAUUUGAAGGCGCUUCGGCACGUGAAUAUCAUGCCAACCCAACUUGGAAGUCAAAGAAGGAAGCUCAACAGGUCGAUUACCCUUCGCAGGAAGCUUUCCAGUCGGUCAUGAACCGAAUCGAGCGCCUUCCAGGUCUCGUAUCCUCCAACGAGAUCGACCGACUUCGAUCUCAACUUGCUUCUGUCGCAGAGGGCCAUGCUUUCCUCCUCCAAACUGGUGACUGUGCAGAGCUCUUCGACUACUGCAACCCAGAGCAGAUCCAAGCCAAGCUCAAGCUCUCAUUGCUCAUGAGUCUCAUCCUCAUCUGGGGCGCACGCAAGCCAGUGGUGCGUAUUGGACGAAUUGCCGGACAGUACGCAAAGCCACGCUCAAAGCCUACCGAAAUCAUUACCAAGAUCGAUCCUACCACCGGAGAAGCAACCAAGCACGAGAUCAUGUCCUUCCGAGGAGACAACAUCAACGCAUUCAGUGCAGAGCCUGCCAGCGCACGUAUCCCUGAUCCUGAACGCUUGCUUCAGGCCUACUUUCAUUCGGCUGCCACCCUCAACCAUAUUCGAUCGGAGCUUGCGAGCGGUCUUGCCGAUCUGCAUGCCCCUCGACAGUGGUCCUUCCAACACGUCCAGUCCAGCGCGCUUCAGACUGAAUUCGAGUCGGUCGUCGAUUCGCUCACCGACGCUCUCGACUUUAUGAAGGCCAUCGGUGCCGACCCUAGCGCCUUCUCCUCUAGCAGCGUACUCAACUCGGUCGACUACUUCAUCAGCCACGAAGGACUCUCGUUGGCAUACGAAGAGGCGCUCACUCGACUCGUGCGCAAGCCAACACCAUCCAACCCUAAACCUGCACGCAACGUUCACCCCUCUGAUCUUGCCAGCGGUGAGCCGGACGACGCGGCACUGGAGAGAUACGAUCUCUCUGCCCACACCAUUUGGCUAGGCGACAGGACAAGACAGCUUGACGGUGCGCAUGUUGACUUCUUCUCUUCCAUUCGCAACCCUGUUGGUGUCAAGGUCGGUCCCUCGAUGAAGCCUCAGGAGCUGAUCGAGAUCCUCAACAUUCUCAACCCAGAUGUGCCCAUUCCCAGCACAGCAGCAUCAGGUCGCACGAGUGGCUGGUCCACCACAAGUGGCGCACCUCAAGUCGUCCACGGCAAGGAGAAAGGUCGAGUCAUGGUCAUCAUCCGUCUUGGUGCUGGCAAAGUCGCCACGCACCUUCCACCCUUGCUCGAGGCAAUUGCAGCAAGCAACCACAAAGACUCGAUCAUCUUGCUUUGCGACCCUAUGCACGGCAAUACUCAAACCAGCCCUUAUCCACCUGCUUCCUCUGACCCCAGUGCUCAACCCCUCAAGACGCGCUCUUUCGGUGAUAUCAUCUCCGAGAUCCUCUCUUUCCUUCAGAUCAUCUCUUCUGACUUCCCAACACUUCAUCUCGGAGGUGUUCACCUCGAGUUGACGGGAGACAAGGAUGUCACCGAGUGUUUCGGUGGAUCAAUGAGGCUGGAGCCCAAGGAUCUCGAGAGGGGCUACAAGAGUCACUGUGAUCCAAGACUCAACUUUGAACAGUCACUGGAUAUUGCCUUUUUGCUGUCGCAUUACUUCAGAAACCAGAGAUUAGGCAAUCAGGUCAAGGGAAGCGCUAAGACUGAGGAGGAGAUCAAGAGGCAACAGGCUAUCAUUGAGUCUGGUUCCGGCGACGAACUGCUUGCCGAGUUGAUUUGCGGUAUCACCAACCGUCCUCAGUAA